AUGAUCACCGACGUGCAGCUCGCCAUCUUCGCCAAUAUACUGGGAGUGUCACUCUUCCUACUUGUCAUUCUUUACCACUACGUGGCCGCCAACAAUCCCAAGAAUCAAGAAUGA